UACGUUUCCCAGAAUGCCGCGCUUUCUUGCGCUUCCGGCUGGUUUGUGUAGCGUUGAGGCCUUAGUAGUAGUAGUAGACGCAUCAGUGAUAGUAGAAGAUGGAUGCGGAUAGUGACUGGCGGAGCGCGCCCUUCAGGCAGAAGCUGGUCAGCCAGAUAGAUGAAGCAAUGAGGAAAGCAGGUGUUGCUCACACCAAGUCAAGCAAGGAUAUGGAGAGCCAUGUGUUUUUGAAAGCAAAGACCCGAGAGGAAUACCUUUCUUUGGUUGCUCGUCUAAUCAUUCAUUUCCGAGACAUCCUUAACAAGAAGUCCCAGGCAGCGGCUACUGAUCCCAUGAACGCUCUUCAGAAUUUAACAGGCACUGCUGUAGUUGGUGGGCAAGGAAUGGGCAUGGGUGUCCGUCCUCAAGGAGCUCAGAUGGGAGCCAUGAGUGGGAUGGCACAGAUGGCACAACAAAUGAACCUGCCUGGCCAGCCACAGCCUGGAGCAUCAGGGAUGGCACCACAUGGAAUAACUGGUGUAGCUGCAGGGAACCAAGCCACCCAAUUACAGCUGCAGCAAAUAGCACAACACCAGCAGCAGCAAUUUCAGCAACAGCAGCAACAGGCAGCGCUACAGCAUCAACAGCAGCAAUUCCAAGUGGCACAGCAGCAGCAAUUUCAAGUGGCGGCUGUUGCUGCAGCACAGCAGCAGCAACAACAACAACAGCAGCAACAACAACAACAACAACAAGUGCAACAGCAACAACAGCAGCUCCAGGCAGCGGCACAGCAGCAACACAUACUGAAACUUCAACUACAGCAGCAGCAGAAUCAGCAGCAGCAAUUGCAACAACAACAGCAGCAGCAGCUCCAGAGAAUAGCACAUCUACAGCAGAUGCAACAAAUGCAGCAGCAACAACAACAACAGCAGCAGCAGCAACAACAACAACAACAGCAACCACCACCACAGCAAGUAAUGCAACUGCAACAAAUGCAACAGCAGCAGGUGGCACAAAGUCAGCAGCAGCAACUGCUCUCCACACAGCCGCAGGCACCAUCUCUUGUAGCCCAAGGACAGAUUCCUUCCCAAGUCAUGCCUGUAACACUAACACCCCAGCAGCAGCAACAGUUAAAGAUAUUGCAGCAGGUAAGAGCACAACAACAACAGCAGGCACAGCACCAGGCUCAACAGCAAGCUCAGCAGCAGGCUCACCAGCAAGCACAGCAGCAGGCACAGCAGCAAGCUCAGCAGCAAGCAGCUCAGCAGCAGGCUCAGCAAGCGGCUCAGCAGGCACAACAGCAGGCGCAGCAGGCAGCUCAGCAGCAAGCAGCUCAAGCUCACUUAGCAGCUGGGCAGAUGAUCUCCACAUCUAUGGCUCGAGGUGGGAUGCCAGUAAGACCACGCUUCCCGCCAUCCACUGUUCCUGCCAAUCCUACAAGCACCGUCCCUUUGGGAGAACAGCAGAUCCCACAGGUCACCCAGAACAGCAUUCCUGUAAUGUCCUCACCAUCCCCUGUACAGCAGGUGCAAACUCCACAGCCCAUGCCUCCUCCUCCACAACCAUCCCCUCAGCCAUCACAACCAAUGUCACAACCCAAUUCUAAUGUCAGUUCUGGUCCAGCUCCAUCACCUAGCAGCUUCAUGCCUAGUCCAUCUCCUCAACCUUCCCAGAGUCCAGCCUCAGCACGCACUCCUCAGAACUUCAGUGUUCCCUCACCAGGACCCCUUAAUACUCCAGGGAAUCCUAAUUCUGUUAUGAGCCCUGCAAGCAACAACCAAUCAGAGGAACAGCAGUAUCUGGAUAAACUGAAGCAGCUUUCCAAAUACAUAGAGCCACUGAGACGAAUGAUCAAUAAGAUUGAUAAAAAUGAAGAGAGAAAGAAAGAUUUAAGUAAGAUGAAGAGUCUCCUGGAUAUACUGACUGAUCCAAACAAGAGGUGCCCCCUGAAAACUUUGCAGAAGUGCGAGAUAGCCCUGGAGAAGCUUAAAAACGACAUGGCUGUGCCAACCCCUCCCCCACCAACAGUCCCAUCCACAAAACAACAGUACCUGUGCCAACCACUGCUGGAUGCUGUCCUGGCAAACAUCCGCUCGCCUGUUUUCAACCACUCUCUGUACCGAACCUUUAUGCCUGCUAUGACUGCUAUUCAUGGGCAACCUAUUGCGUCUCAGCUGGUAGUGCCAAGGAAGAGAAAAUUUGAAGAAGAUGAGAGGCAGAGUAUUCCAAAUGUGCUUCAGGGUGAAGUUGCCAAACUGCACUCAAAGUUCCUGGUGAAUCUGGACCCAUCUCACUGCAGUAAUAAUGGCACCGUUUACCUUAUAUGCAAACUAGACGAUAAGAACCUCCCAAGUGUCCCCCCUUUGCAGCUGAGUGUUCCUGCUGAUUAUCCAGAUCAAAGCCCUCUGUGGAUGGAUAACCCACGGGAUUAUGAAGCAAAUCCCUUCUUGCAAUCUGUAUAUCGCUACAUGACAUCUAAACUCCUGCAACUUCCAGACAAGCAUUCGCUCACAGCUCUGCUGAACACUUGGGCCCAGAGCAUCAGACAGGCCUGUUUAUCUGCAGCAUAGAGUCCAGUCCAACAGUGACGACACAAGUCUGAGCCCCUUUAUUCUACUUCUCUGUGGACACUGCAUUCGUUUCCUGCUUAGGAAGGAAUCUGAAGCUAAUCUAUUGGCUUCUCCAGCAGGAAAAUAUGCAUAGUAACUUGCACAGCAUCCUAUACCAUGCUCUGUGACAAGGUGGAGUGAACGGUUUAACAUUGUAUAAUGCUCUAUAUUUCUUUAUGCAACAGUAUGCCUCUGAGCCAUGGUCAUUACCAGUAGCAUGCCUUUGGCAUGGACUUGCAUGUGCCCUGUUAAUAAGUUAACUUGUAAUGUUAUCAAGCCGAUUUUGUAUAUGGAUUUCAGUUGUCUUUGGUUGUUAUAAUAAAAGAAUGUUCUCCUGGGGA